CGGCGGGCGCGCUGCCCCCUAGCGCCGGGGCGCGGGAUGUCGGGCGGGGAGGAGGCCGAGGCCGAGCCGGGGGCCGGAGGGGCGAUCCCCGCCGCCCCGUCCCCGCCGGCAGAGGAAGGGGACACGCGGCAGCGCUACGAGGAACUCUGCAGCAGCCUCAACAUGGACGAGCGCGCCCGCUCCGAGGCCUGGCUCAGCUACCAGAGCAUGAAGCGCAACUACACGCUAGAGGGCAAUGAGCUGCACUGGUUGGCGUGUGCCCUCUACGUGGCCUGUAGGAAAGCCAUCCCGACCGUCAGCAGGGGGACGGUUGAGGGUAAUUAUGUAUCCCUGACCCGCAUUUUGCGCUGCUCCGAACAAAGCUUGAUUGAGUUUUUUAACAAGAUGAAGAAAUGGGAAGACAUGGCAAACCUACCCUCCCAGUUCCGAGAAAGGACUGAAAGACUGGAGAGAAACUUUACAGUCUCUGCAGUAAUUUUUAAGAAGUAUGAGCCCAUUUUUCAGGACAUGUUCAGAUACCCUCAGGAAGAUCCACCCCGUCAACAGAGAGGAAGAAAACAGAGGCGGCAGCCGUGCACAGUGACCGAAGUUUUCCAGUUUUGCUGGGUGCUGUUUGUUCAUGCAAAAGGUAAUUUUCCCAUGAUCAGUGAUGACUUGGUCAAUUCCUAUCAUCUCUUGUUAUGUGCUUUGGAUCUAGUGUAUGGAAAUGCUCUCCAGUGCCCUAACCAUAAAGAACUUCUGAAUCCCAAUUUUAAAGGUCUGCCUGAAGACUUUCAUAGUAAGGACUAUAAAGCAUCAUCUGAUCCUCCCUGCAUCAUUGAAAAGCUGUGUUCAUUACAUUACGGAUUGGUUUUAGAAGCAAAAGGCAUAAAGGAGCAUUUUUGGAAGCCAUACAUCCGGAAACUUUUUGACAAGAAGCUUUUAAAAGGAAAAGAUGAAAAUCUGACUGGAUUUCUAGAUCCUGGAAACUUUGGAGAUAGCUUCAAAGCCAUCAACAAGGCCUAUGAGGAGUAUGUCUUGUCAGUAGGAAAUCUCGAUGAGCGAAUAUUUCUCGGGGAAGAUGCAGAUGAAGAAAUUGGAACUCUCACACGGUGCUUAAAUACACCCUCAGGAGUGGAAACAGCUGAGCGAGUACAAGUGAAGCAUAAUUUACAGCAACACUUUGACAGAUCUAAAUCCCUUCGGAUGACGACCCCCCUCACUGGCCGCAGGUACGUGAAGGAGAGCAACCCCUAUGUGACACCUGUUUCCAUUGCGACCUACAGCUUGAGCCGCCUUCACACCAUGCUGGCAGGGCUGAAAAAUGCCCCCAGUGAAAAUCUGGAGCAAAUCUUCAGGGCAUGUUCCAGAGAUCCUUCACAGUCUAUUGCAAGCAGAGUAAAAGAGAUGUGUGAAGUAUACUGCCAGAGCAUGCAGUCUGAAGAAGAAUUCAGUAAUUUGACCAAAGAUGUGGCCAGCAAGCAUUUUCGUCGUGCUGAGGUUCUCUACUACAAGGUUUUGGAGCUGGUGAUUGAGCAAGAGAGGAGGAGACUGGGAGACGCAGACUUAUCUGCAGUACUGGAGCAAGAUGUGUUUCAUCGCUCCCUGCUGGCGUGUUGCCUUGAGAUUGUCACCUUCACGUACAAGUUACCUGGAAGCUUUCCCUUCAUCACUGAAAUAUUUGACAUUCCAGUUUAUCACUUCUAUAAGGUAAUUGAGGUUUUCAUUAGAGCAGAAGAUGGCCUUUGUCGGGAAGUUGUAAAACACCUUAAUCAUAUUGAAGAACAGAUCUUGGAAAGCAUGGCCUGGAAACAGGAGUCCAUACUGUGGGACAGAAUCAGAGAUAACGACAACAAAGUUCCUAGCUGUGAAGAGGUCAUGCCACCUCAGUAUUUUGAGAGAUCUGCUGCCAACAGUGUUGUGGGUUCUCCACUGACACCAAGACGACUAAACGAGGUCCGAGCUGAAACCGGAGGCCUGGGAAAAGGCAUUUCAUCUUCUCCUACUACCCUGUAUGACAGAUACAGCUCUCCUACAGCCCACCCUACCAGGAGAAGGUUGUUUGUUGAUAACGAUAACACCUCAGACAAUGGAACUCCAGUCAGAGUUUCCCAGCAGCCCAUGGUAAAUACGGUGCCUGUGCAGAACGUGAAUCCUGAAGCAGUGUCAGUAACUCCAGUGCCUGGCCAGACAUUGGUUACAGUAGCAACCGCCACCGUAACAGCCAAUAAUGGGCAAACUGUGACCAUUCCUGUACAAGGUAUCGCCAAUGAAAAUGGAGGAAUAACUUUCUUCCCAGUGCAGGUAAAUGUAGGGGCCCAGCCUCAAGCUGUCUCUGGCUCCAUUCAGCCCCUCAGUGCCCAGGCUCUCACAGGCACUCUGAGCACUCAGGUGUCAGGGGCAACGCUGCAGCUCCCAGGACAGGUCACUGUUCAGCACAUCACCUCUGGGGAGCCAAGGCCAGCCCAGCACCUCACUGCCACAGCCGCUCGCUCCCGGAAGAUGGGCUCGCUUUCCCUCUUCUUUAGAAAGGUGUAUCAUUUAGCAAGUGUUCGUCUGCGGGAUCUCUCUGUCAAGCUGGAUAUAUCUGAUGAGCUGCGGAAAAAAGUCUGGACGUGUUUUGAGUAUUCCCUGAUGCACUGCCCUGAAAUCAUGAUGGACAGGCAUCUGGAUCAGCUGCUGAUGUGCGCCAUCUACGUAAUGGCCAAGGUUACAAAGGAAGACAGGUCGUUCCAGAACAUUAUGCGCUGCUACCGGACACAACCGCAAGCCAAGAGUCACGUGUACCGGAGUGUCCUGAUAAAAGGCAGGAGACGCCGCCGCCAGUCUGGCAGCAGUGACAGCAGCAGCCAGCAGAACUCCCCUACAGACAGAAGUAAGGAGAGAAGUAAAGAAAGAAGCAGCAGAGACUCCAGCCCCGUGAUGCGCUCCAGCAGCACCCUGCCUGUGCCCCACCCCAGCAGUGCUCCUCCUACUCCCACCCGCCUGACCGGAGCAAACAGCGACACUGAGGAGGAAGAGCGAGGAGACCUCAUACAGUUCUACAACAGCAUCUACAUUGAGCAGAUCAAGGAAUUUGCCCUGAAGUACACUUCAAAUGGGACGGACUCCCCUCCGCUCUCGCCCUACCCCUUUGUGAGAAUUAGCUCUCCUCGCAGAGUACAGCUGACUCAGAACCACCCGGUCUACAUCUCACCCCACAAAAACGUGUCUGCUCUCUCUCAUCGAGAGAAAAUAUUCUAUUAUUUCAGCAGCAGCCCAUCUAAGAGGCUAAAGGAAAUUAACAGCAUGAUUAGAACAGGAGAAACCCCAACCAAGAAGAGAGGCAUUCUCUUAGAAGAUGAUAGUGAAGCACCAGCUAAGAGAAUCUGUCAGGAAAACCACACUGCUCUGUUACGCCGACUGCAAGACGUAGCCAACGACCGAGGGUCCCACUGAGCGCAGGGGCUCAGCACAGGUAGGCCCUCUCUGCUGCUGGCAGCUCAGAGCAUGCCAUGGACUCACAAAGCCGUGCAGGCAUCGGGAUGCUCCUGCCAGCCCGUGGUGACCAGUCCCUGCUGGGCUGUGCCGAGCCUCUGCUUCCCCAGUGCCAGGGACGGGGAGGAUGCGUUCUGAACUCUGCAGCUCCACUCUGCCUGUCGUGAAGCUGGUCGGAAGGCAGGUGACCUACCUGCAGCCUUUGGCUGCACAAGGCAGUUCAAAGCUUUUUAUUGCUCGGAGAACGCGUCCCUCGCACAGCUUUCUACCUAGCAGCAGGUAUUUGCAUCUAUUUGCUCAACCAGUCUACUUACAGUGUUUUCAUCAAUGCUUGACCAUUUUCAGCUUUGUAAUAGGAAGUUGCAUAUGUAUCAAACAUGGGAGCAUUGUACCAAGGUGCUCGUAGCCAAACGUGUCGUUCUGGGGAAAAAAAAAAAAAAAGGAAAAAAUAA